UGACGUACACCCAAUAUUGACCUCAUUACCAGUCCAUGGCGCGCUUGUUGUAGCGCGCGCGCCGCGUGACAGUAGUUGGGUCAAAAUCAUCAAAAAACGCUGCAGCCGGUAAAGAGUUUCAGACCGGAAAUUUGAUAGAACAAAACAUGGGAUUUUCUGUGACAGAAACCCUCGGUAUGAUAACUCAGCAACGAUUGAUAGUUGCUGGUGCAUUAGGCCUUGCUGCCACGGCUGGCAUCGUCAGCAGCGCAGCCUGGUGGUACAGAAGGACUCCCAAACCGGUGUUCCAACCGAUAGGCCAGUUGAGUGAGAUUUGGAUCCAUCCAGUCAAGUCGUGCCGCGGUCAUCAGGUGUCGAGUGCUGAGUGCACGCCGAUGGGGCUUUGCAGCAAAGGUGUUUAUGACAGGUUCUUUGUGAUUCUGGAUGACGCAAACAGAGUAGUUACCAUGAGGACAGAGCCCUCACUGGCGCUGGUGAAACCUUGGAUAUCAGAGGACGGAGUAUGCUUAGUUUUCGAUGCACCUGGAAUGGACCCGCUGAGCAUUCAUCUGGCUGAUCUCGCAGAGGCCAAGAAACAACCCACUGAAUUUAGAAUCUUCGGACUGCACACAGAGGGUGUGGAAUGUAGCCAAAAGGCUGCAACCUGGCUUAGCACCUACCUCAAGAAGCCCGGCCUCAAGCUGGUCUACUUCAAUGAAGGCCUGACCAAACCAAGGAUACCCAGAAAGGAUGUAACUUGGGGACAUAAAUUCACUGCAGAGGAAAAAGUGAGGGGGUAUUCGGACUUUGCUUCUUUCAUGCUUCUGACUGAAUCCUCUCUGGAUGAUCUCAACUCUCACCUUGAUAAACCUAUCACCGUGAGGAAUGUACGACCAAGUUUUGUGGUGUCAGGAUCCAGUGCCUUUCAAGAGGACUCUUGGAAAUACAUCAAGAUUGGGGACACUGUGACCAUGCGGAGAACUCAUGGUUGUGGAAGGUGCAAAUUGACGACGGUCGAUCCCGAGACUGGUGUGAUCAGAAGUGACGGGGAACCUCUUGCAACUCUCAAAAAAUAUCGAGUGUUAGACAAGUCAGACCCUGACAGCAAGUCCUACAAAGGCUCUCCGGUGUUUGGAUCUUAUCUGGUGUGCGAUGUGUCCGGUACCAUCAAAGUCGGAGACACCGUGUACGCAGCAGUGUAAAAACAGCUGCCCUGCCACAACAUUUCCAGGUUUCUGAAAUGAAAAGUCAGCCACACUCUGGAUUCAAUAUGGCCGACUUAUUAAUAAAUGCUGUUGUCAACAUGCCCCUCUCCCUUGUGAACUACAUUGUUACAGUGAAUGGGCUGUUCAGUGCCAUUUCCAUCAAAAGACUACAAAUUCAGUUGUUGGAAUAUGAUGGCUUAAUGAUUAAUCAGUCAUUAAAAGACUCAUGCAAAUAUAAUUUUGUUUUUAAUUUAGUUGUUGUAACUGCUUCUUCGUGUCCUGUUUAACCUCUGUUUUUGUUUACUUUUAUGCCACUGAAUAUCUGCAUAUGUAUGAGCAAAAGUGUAAUGUCAUCCAGGGUGACAGCUAUGGCUACUCUAAAGUUGGGUCUGACCAUUGGUAUCUGGCUGUUGUGAAGUUUGUUUAUUUUGGUUUUUAUAUUGGUGAUAUGUUGUUUCAUUUCAUGACAAUAGGCUUGUGAGCAAAGUUUUCUCGCAAAUAUUUCCAGUGAGCCAGUGUUGAGCUAACGUUUCUAACUGCAUCAAUUUCCCAAAUGUCUCCCAAAUAUGUACUGAGGCAGUAAUGCAUUGGGUUGUUUUUAACCUAGUUCAAAUUUUAUGACUCCUGAAAAUUACACGAAGAAAAGUGUCAUUUAGAGAAAGAAAAUUUGGUUUAAGUUAUGUCUGUGUGCCUUAAAGCUCAAAGUAAAAAUAUGAAAUAGGAAACUCACAAUAAACGUGGCCCUGUUAAUCUGCUUAUUUCAA